AUGGGAAGGAGCUUUUCGUUUGAAUUGGAAGAGCCAGACAGUAAUGAAAAUGUUUUUGUCAGAAUUUCAGAGGCCUGUAAAACCGAGGCAGCCCGACAAAGCAGCAUGUUAUUACAAGUCGCUGAAGGAUUAUGCAAUGAAGAGUCGCCAACCUUGCAGCGAAAAGGAAAGGUUUACAAAAAACUCGCUCCUGAAGUAGAGAAACACGUUUUUAACGAAAUGCAACAGGACUUGUGUAAAACCAUGUGGCGCGAAGCGAGACAGCGAGUUUUUGGAACACCAAGCCAUAGCGAUGCGGUCACGAAAACUUCAACCGUUGUGCAGAAUGGAGGAUUGUAAACCCGUGUGGAUGUUAUAUUUAAACUAUGAUUUAUAAAUGUUAAGAUUUCACUGGAUUCCUGUGUUAAUGGUGUUUUGUCAGUGGGCAAACCCCUAAAAACUAUGGAUUAUAAAGACCGGACGUAUCGCCCGCUUGGUUUGCUUAUGACUAUUGCCUUUGCACCUGCGUGGUAUCGAUGUUCUUUUCGCCGACUCUUUUCAUCGCCAUGCUAACUUCACGAAAUAUUUUUCUUUUUAAAAAACAGGCAAGGAUUUUUGAGGGCGAUGAAAAUAUGGGAAUGUGGACACAAGUCAUACUAUGACUUAUAAACUGCGAGCGAAGCGGAUGAAAUGAAUGUGAUCCUUGUGGUUACAUAAUCAACAAGAAGAUUUCUUUUUUAGAAAAAGAAGUGAUUCCGUGCAGUAAUGAAAGCCUCCCCGGGAGCGUUUACUAUUUUCACAAAACAACCGGAUGGAAUGGAAUAGUUCUAGAAUGACUAGACCGAGUCCCUCGCGGACUUAACGGCUUCGUCUUCAUUCAAAUACAUCGUUGUGCGAAAACUGGACGAAAACGGGUUACAAGAUGCGUGUGGCGAGAAAUACCUCUUACUAGGCGAAUUUGAAGCAGUCUCCGGCCACUGGGCGUUACUGACCGAAUUACUUUCCCUCGGAUUCAUAGGCUUGUUACUGAGAAUACAGAACGGUGAUGGGCUGAAAAGAUGUAAUCUUGAUUAAAACCCGCGGUUUCGUAACCGAGCAAACAAGGCUAGUAAGGCGUUGACCCACCCCUCUUCGAAUCAGCGCGAAGGAGAAGACGGCCGACUCAACUGACCAGUCACAAAGGGCGAACUAUAAAGGACAGUAUAAACAGUGGUUUAGAGCUAGUUUGAGUAAUACAGUAGUUCUUCCAGACAUCUAUUUUCAUUGGCCUCUUUAAGUAUUGGCUUCUUUUGUUUUAAGGGUUAGGGUUAUUGUUUGUGUUGAAUCAUCUAUUGUUUUGUUCUUCAAUCACAGAACAUGUCUGAAGAGCUACUGACCUAGUUUGGGAUAUUCCGUCACUUUAGUUGCAUUUACAGAAAGGAAACCCUCUGGAAAUGUUUCCAUUUUUCUGGAAACUUCUC